CCCAAGUAGAGCGUGUGGGCAGUUCCUCCCCAGGCGAGCAGUCGGACAGGUCCUGGAUUUUGAGAGUGAGAAGUGAAUGGCAUAACUGGGAGUGGACAAUGAUCGGGAAAUCUUACUUCCUCCUGUCACUUCUCCAAGUUGGACUGUCACAAGAGUGGAAAGGUGACACUCCACGAGAGGUGACAGCGCAGGAAGGUUCGUGUGUACAGAUUCCGUGUCAUUACAGUUAUCCAGCACAUUUUGAAAACAAACGACGAGUCGGAAUCUGGUUAAAUAAGGAGAAAUACAAAUUGCGGGCUUCCAUAGCCUUUCACUCCAAGGAUCACAGUCACGAGUUACCACGGUUCCACCAUCGGACCCAGCUGUCUGGAGACCUGAAAGAUGGCGACUGUUCCCUGAUUAUAAACAACAUCAGACGGGAAGAUGCAGGACAUUAUUUUUUCAGAAUAGAAUUUGACAGCAGGAAUAGAUACAACUACUAUCCUGUAACCCAGCUUCACGUUUCUGUUCAGUCCUAA